AGGGCAGAAGAAGAGAGGGGAGGAGAGGGGAGGAGAGGGGAGGGGGUGUUGAGGAGAGGGGAGGAGGACAGCAGAAGGGAGGGGGUGCAGGAGAGCCAUGACGCUAUCGGAGGCUGCAGUAAGAAGCUGCUGCUGCUAGCAUCGCCUGACAGGCUACAAGCUAGCUGCUAAUAAACUGGCCUGGACGAGACAGACAGAGAGACAGGUAGUACAGCAGCAUGACAGACGGGUGGUGAAGUCAAUCUGAAUGACUGAUGGGAAGUGAGACAGGUGGUGAUGAUACAUUCUGUAGCGCAGCUCGAUAGAUUGCUUCCUCUGGAGAGGAGACUAGCAACGCUACAUUCCGGUUGCAACUGACACACACAGCCACACACACACACACACACACACACACACACACACACACAAACACACACACUCACACCCACACCCAGGAGGAGUAUCCGGGGCCGGUGUCUUGGGGCUCCAGAAGAAGGCCUGAGUGAUGGUUGAUCGUCAGGUGGUGUGACGCUCUACGUGCGGUGGAGGGGGGAGGGGCAUGGCCAAGAGGGGAGGGGGGCGGCGAGGGAGGGCCGACCAACCUGACGCCAUGGCAACGCUCCAGGCAGCCAAUGAGGAGCUCCGAGCCAAACUCACCGACAUUCAGAUAGAACUACAAAAUGAAAAAACCAAGGUGAGCCGUAUAGAGAGGGAGCGGACCCAGGAGCUGAAGGCGGAGCAUCACCGCGCGACGGUCGCCCUGACGGAGCUCCGUACUAAACUCCAUGACGACAAGGUCAAGGAAGUGGCCGUCACAAGGGAGACGUUGCUACGACAACACGAGAUGGAGCUGAUGAGGGUGAUCAAGAUCAAAGACGGGGAAAUCCAGAGGCUGAACGGCCUGGUGUUCACGCUGAGGGAUGACUCCACGGACAAGGUGAGGUGUGUGUUGCUCGCGGAGGCCCGGGAGGAGGCGCGCCGGGGCUGGGAGGCGGAGAGGAGCCGGCUCCAGCAGGAGGUGCUGGAGCUGAGGGGCUCCAAGAAGGGUCUGGAGGAGACCCUGGGCUCGUCCCAGCAGGCGUGUCUGACCAGGGCAGCCGAGCUCCGGUCCGCCCACCACCACCACCAGGAGGAGCUGACGCGCACCAAGAGGGACUGUGAGAGGGAGAUACGCAGACUGAUGGAUGAGAUCCGUCUGAAGGACAGGGCAGUGAGUGUGUUGGACAAGGCUCUGGGCCUCCAGGCCGGCCACGCCCACCGCCUCCAGCUGCAGACCCAGGCGGCCGAGCAGCAGAUAGCCGUCCUGAGAGACGCCCAGCGGGGGGCGGGACCAAACCAGCCAGACCCCACCCCUAACACCACCCCUAACCACGCCCCCUUUCCUGCGCAGGAGGACAGGGAGACCCGGAGGUUUCAGUUAAAGAUCGCUGAGCUCAGCGCCAUCGUGAGGAAGCUGGAGGACCGCAACGCGCUGCUCUCUGAAGAGCGCAACGAACUGCUGAAGCGUCUCCGUGAGGCCGAGAGCCAGUUCCUUCCGCUCCUGGACAAAAACAAACGUCUGAGCCGGAAGAACGAAGAGCUGGCCCUCGCCGUACGUCGCCUUGACAACAAGCUACGCUUCGUGACCCAGGAGAACCUGGACAUGCGGCAGAGGCACCGAGGAGGUGGGAGGCGGCCCAGCUCUCUGAACGACCUGGAGGAGCUGAACCCCGAGGAGAAGGAGGUGCAGUUCCUCCACCUGCAGGUGCAGGAGCAGCAGCACGUCAUAGAGGACCUCUCCAAGGCUCUGGAGACUGCUGGCUAUGUGAAGACUGUCAUAGAGAGAGACAUGAUUAUCAAAUACCGACGUCAAGAAUCUCUGAGGAGAAAAAGAGGUUUCAGAGCCUGCAGGGUUAUAGAGACCUUCUAUGGUUACGAUGAGGACGUUGACUCGGACGGAUCGUCGCUGUCGUUCCACACCGACCGGACUCCAGACACCGACCCUGAUGAUGCGGUGUUUCGUGAUGACCAGGUGGCUCUUCGUGAGGACCAGGUGGUCCUACGCGAGGACGCGGAGGUCCGCUUCAGACAGCUGACCCAGGAGUACCAAGCCCUUCAGAGGGCCUACGCCCUCCUGCAGGAGACCAGUGGAGGCAGUCUGGACCCCGAGACCGAGAUGAAGACCAGGGAGCAGCUGUUAUCUGAAGUUAGUCGCUAUGAGAGAAGAGUUCAGGACCUGGAGACGUCUCUGAGACAACAAGGACUGGAUUUGAAGUGGGUGGAGGAGAAGCAGGCAUUGUAUCAAAGGAACCAGGAGCUUCUGGAAAAGUUGAAGCAGAUGGAAUCAGACGAAACGCGGCUAAGAAUUGACAUCCAGGACGCCAGGGAUCAAAACGAACUGCUGGAAUUCCGCAUUUUGGAACUAGAGGAGCGGGAACGGCGGUCGCCUGGCAUCAACUUCCAUCCACUACAUUUCCCAGAAGGCAUCAGUCCACUUCAGCUCUACUGCGAGGCGGAAGGUGUCACGGAAAUUGUGAUCAGUGAACUGAUGAAGAAGUUGGAUAUUCUUGGGGAUAACGCCGUAAGUAACCUCUCCAAUGAGGAGCAGGUUGUCGUUAUCCAUGCCAGAAAUGUUCUCACGCUGGCUGAGAAGUGGUUGGAGUCCAUUGAAGGGACCAAGUCCACUCUACAACAGAAGAUGUUUGAUAUCGAGAGUGAAAAGGAUCUCUUCAGUAAACAGAAGGGCUAUCUGGACGAGGAACUAGAUUACAGGAAGCAGUCUAUGGACCAGGCCCACAAGAGGAUCAUGGAGCUGGAGGCCAUGCUGUUUGAUGUCCUGCAGCAGGUGGGGGCCGCGGGUUUCGGCGGUUGGAGGGAGGGGGGUGCGGGGGCGUCUGCGUGGAGGAUGGAGGGCUGGAAGGCGGAGGGGUGCCGCCUGUCAGAGCUGCUGGCGGACGAGGACCGCGAGGGGCUGCAGAGGGCCAUGGAGCAGUGGAAGAGAGCCCUGAUGGUGGAGCUGCGCGAGAGGGACGUCCUGAUCCUCAGGGAAAGGAUGGACAUGCUGCACCACGCACAGCAGAGGAACAAGGAGUUGGAGGAAUGGAUAGAAGCACAGAAACGACAGAUCAAACAACUAGAAGAGAAGGCCACCAGAGGGCAGUCUGUAUUUGAACCAGCGGCUACAGACUCUGGGGGAGGGGCCUAUCGCCCCGCUAGCCCUGACGAGAAGACCACCGGCCAAUCACAAACUGUCUCAGCGUGGCUGACACUUAUUCCUGUUCCAGCCACUUCCCAGCCAAUCGGAGCACAGACAGAAUCCCAAGCUGGUUCUGACACGUUGGCCUGCCGAGAAGUGGGCGGGGUUUGGCGGUAAAAACGUGGUUACCAUGCCAACUCUGCAUUGGAGCAGUUCAAAAGGACCCAAGUUCGUAAAGACACCGGUUUAUUGAAAGCCUGGUUUAUAAAGACUAUAUUCCGUCUUCUGUACAAGAAGAGCCACAGAGAGAACCUUAUAAUAGUAUUAAAGACCUUUAUUUUGAGAAUGACUAUGCACACUUUAGAAGGAAGACAAGGAUUGUGUCCUCCCGGUUGGUUUCAAAUGGCAGCCCUCUCUCCACCUGCCAGAGGCUUUUGGUGGAGCUUAAAGUUCACGGGAGCAAAAUUUGAUGGAGGCAAUUCUGAGCUGAAGCAGAGCACCACGUCCUUCGUCGUCAGGGUCUUCACACAGCAUGCAGAAGAACCACAAGAUCGUCCCAAACCAGGGACAACCAGGGACCACCAGAGACCACCAGAGACCACCACAGACCACUAGAGACCACUAUAGACCUUCUACCUGGGUAACAGCCAGUCCAGGGUCCUGAUAACUCACCUCUGGUCAGGAGGAACCUCUCCUGCUUUUCCAUCAGUGCAGGACAGGUACAUCUGGAACACGAGACCUGCCAACCCGUGUUGAGAUCCUUUGUCCGGAUCCAGUCUCAAGAACCUGUCUUCAAAUUCUGUGUUCAGAACCCGUGAUUCAAAGCGGAUUCGGAGCAGGGCAGGGAAGGACUCCUAAGAGUUCAUGCCAAUCCAGGAACCGUCGUGGACUCGUGUCCACCCCAGACGUGAGCUUGCAUCGAGGCCAACGGACACAGACCGGCACUAUUGGAAAAGGAGGAGGAACUGGAGUAUGAAGGGAAACCGCUCGGAGCCCAGACCAGAGCUCUCCCCUUCCCCCUCCCAUCCCCCUCACCCCUCCCUCUCCCCCACCCCCUCCCCCUCCCCGCCAUUCCCUAAUAUCUUCUAUACUGUGGACGAUGCACACUGCGUCCACAUGUCUCUCUCCUUGGUGCUUGACUCCUGCAGAAGCCAAACUAGUUUAGGUUUGGUGUUUUUUAAUUUGGUUUGAUUCCCCACACGGUGCUCCUAUCCUUCUGUAAGGAGGUGAGAAAAUGCAUUGUUUUAAAUGGAAGCUGACGCCAGGCGACGCUGUGAUGGUGGGAAAUCAUGUCUGGGAUAGAUGAAGAUGAUUCUGGUAUUUUAUUAUGGGAUGUAUAGAGAAUAAACACAGAUCCACUGGUG